AUGGCUCCCCUCACGCUCGGCUACAACGACAAGCAUCCUUUCACCCAAGUCCCCAUCACAGAUCGCUCAUCUGUUCAGGAGCUCCUCCGAACGCUUCUUGAUCCCCUCGAGCCCUUCUUCUCUCCGCAAAAAGCCCUCGUCAAGUGCCCCGGAGCCACGGCCGUCAGAUUCGAUCAGAGAGCGUCUGAAGUAGAAGGCUUUUUCCGACCGCUAUGGGGCCUGGCGUGUCUGCUGGCCGGAGGCGGCGAGUAUCGCCUCACGGAGUGGUGGAUUCAGGGCAUUAGGGCAGGGACUGACCCCGAGAGCCCAGAGUACUGGGGCUUUCCGCGUGACAAUGACCAAAGAAUGGUCGAGAUGUGCCCUUUUGGAUUCGCGCUGGCCGUCGCACCGAAUCUGUGGAAAGGUCUCUCAGAAAAGGAGCGAGCCAAUGUUGAGAACUGGCUGGGAAAUUCUAUCAAUGAGAAGAACAUGCCCAACACGAAUUGGCUCUGGUUCCGUGUCUUUGCCAACCUUGGUCUCAAGCAGAACGGAGCCAAAUACUCGGAAGAACGCCUAGAAAGCGAUAUUAAGCACCUCGAUACCUUCUAUCGAGGAGAUGGCUGGUCCAACGAUGGUCCUGAGGGCAUUCAUCAAAUGGACUACUACUCCUCCAGCUUCGCCAUCCAUUUCCUUCAGCUCCUCUACGCCAAACUCGCCGGCGAGUCGGACCCUUCUCGCGCAAAAGAGUUCAAGCACCGCGCCAAGAUCGCCGCUCUCGACCUCGCCCACUACUACGAUGUCGAAGGCCGGGCCAUCACUUUUGGCCGCAGCUUGGUCUACCGCUUUGCCAUGGUCUCCUUCUGGGGCGCCAUGGCUUACGCCAAUGUCGACCUCCCGGCGCCCCUGACGUGGGGCAUGGUCAAGGGCAUCGUGCUGCGUAAUCUGCGGUGGUGGCAGACGAAGAACGACAUCUGGACGUCGAGUGGGACGCUGUCGCUCGGGUUUGCGUACCCGAGCAUCUACCUUGGCGGACAUUGCAUGCUUCUAUCUUCGGGCCAAGCCUGUGGCUAUCCAAUGAAGGCCACGCAUGCCAAAUACGGAUGCUUCGCGUACAGCAGCGCCUUUGGAUACUCGGUGCCAUCCGGGCUUUUCUCCUUGGAGCAAUAUGCGCUGGCAUCACAGCUGGGGCUUUCAGACGACGGUGGCGAAUAUUGGAAGACGCGGAGGCUGUCAGAGUACGCCGCUAUCGAAGAGCGAGACGGCCAGCCCAUCCUCGUUUCAGUAUGGAAGCCGUUCUCCGAUGUCAAGGUCAGGACGCUGUUAGUGCCUCCAGCUGAGGAAACCCCGAACUGGCAUCUGCGGAUCCAUCACAUCCAAGCCGGCCGAGAGGUCAUGACGGCGGAUGGCUCGUUUGCCAUCCUCAACGUCAACUCGGAAAACGGCAGAUAUCUGGACCUGUACGACGCAUCCAAGGGCGAAGGCACCAGCCCCAGGAUCAUCGGCAACUACGAUCUCAACACUCCGGCGGGCUGGGAUACGGGCGUCAACGGGGCCUUUGCCGCGGCGCUGAACCGCGGAGCCGUGGGCAUCAAGGCGCUCGAGGAGGGCGGACGGCAGGCCAUGCUGGUCAACGCCGAUCCCAACACGAACCUCAUGGACAGUCGGACGACAAUACCGACGUUGCAGCACACGAUCCCGCAGGGCCAAGGGGUGUGGUACGUUUCUGCAGUCUACGCCAGGCCGGCGGGUGACGGCGUGCCCAAGGAGAGCUAUCUCGAUGGAUGGAACAAGCCGCCGGCGAUCCCAGCGUGGCUAGCUUUGGAGAUGGCAGCAGCGUAG